AUGGGACGUCAACUCAUAGGACAAUGUUUACAAAAAAAAGGACUUUGUAGCGAUAAGAGCUAUGAAAGGGAGAUGUUUUUAAGUCGCUCAAUUGCUUCGUCCCGGUUGUUAGGUUCCAAACCGGUUUUGGUAAGGCCUUCUCCGCGUUUACUAUCUACAACUAUUGAAUCGGAACCAGGCAGUCUGAAAACAUGCGACAACGAUCCUGAUGCUCCUGUCGAAAUUGAGAGUAAUCCAUACAAAAAGGAAGAUCGGAAGUGCUUGUUGUGUCGAACAGGUAUCGAAUUGGAUUAUAAGAAUGCGCGUUUGCUACAGCAGUUCGUUUCCACCUUUUCUGGUCGAGUAUACGAUCGCCAUAUCACAGGGCUUUGCGAUCAUCAACAGAAGAAACUGGUUGAGACUAUAGCGCUUUCACGAAAAGCUGGUUACAUGCCGAUCUUUGUGAAGGAUCCCAAAUAUGUCAAAGAUCCAAAACUUUUCGAUCCACUUAAACCAAUACGACCGCACUCAUUUGCAUAA